ACACUACAGGAAAUUAGAGAUUUUACGGCGUUUAAUUAACGACGUUUUAUGAAACGUCACUUUUUUAAAUAAUUAACGGCGUUUUUAAAACGUCGCUUUUGUUGUUAAUCAAAACAGCCCCGUUUUAUGAAUAGAAGACGCUUGGAAGCGCCUCCAAAUGACGAACCCUAUUUUGUCUCUCCACACCUUUAUUUUGAAAACCCACCGCCGUCAAGUUCGAAGUUAUCACUCACUCAAAUCUCUCACUCUCUUGCUCUCUCUCGAUUCUUCUUCAGAGCGAUUGCGAUUUCUAAGUUUCUCAGACCCAACCUAUCUGCAACCGUAUGGCUUCAAUCUCGUAGUUUCUCAGAGCGAUUGCAAUUUCGAAGUUCGAUUUUGAGCACCGCCGUCUACAAUCUCAGAAAAACCAAUCGAAUCCUUCAAAAUCUGCUUCAGCUCCGUGAUUUCGAAGUUCGAUUUGGAACUCUUCAUCUCUUCAAUCAGAGAUCGAUCGCAGAAAAACACUACACUUUCGGUGCAGAGUUGAGUCGGAAAAAUGAAAUACCUGCUUCAAGGUCAGGUGCUCAUUCACUUCCUAAAUCCAAUAAGAAUAAUGUGCUCAGUACAAGCCACUCAAAGCAUAAUCAGAUUGGUCAAACAGAUAUAUAUUGUUCAAAAGAGUGCAAGAAUACAAGACCCCUUUAAAAAUACUAAAAGUUCUUCAAAUAAAGCAAAGGCUGGUUGUGAUUCCUCAUCUUUGUCUGCAAAAUCACCACUUCAGCAUCCUAGAAGGAAUAUGGUAAGACUCCAAAAGAUCUUUUGACUAUUGGCUUAGUGAAACAUCGUCAUAGAAUUUAUGGGUUUAUGUGUGGCUAACCUUUAUGCUAUAUAAGUUUCUUGCUUUAGUGUUUUGCUGUCAUUUUGAUUUUGGAAACAAUCAUCACACAUUGGUCUUUGCUUUGAGCUUUUCUCAAGAUGUUUAGUAUAUGAAACAAAGAUCAUAUUGCCUUAGAAAUGAAGCUUUCUGAACAAGGGAUUGCCACUUUGUUGCCAAUAUCCCUAAAGUGAACAAGCAAAAAUCAA